AUGGCUAUGAUUCGAGGCGAGACGGCGAUAGGAGAGAGUCGAGACGUUCAAGAUCUCGUUCACCGUAUUCUCGGCGGUCUCCUCGCCCGUAUGGAGAACGUGAACGAUCUCCAAGGAAUAGGAGAGAUCGGUCAACGGAGCGCAGACGCGAGCGUUCACCAAGAGGACGCCAUGAUCGGUCAGGCAGCCCCGAGCCUCGACGGACAGCACGCUCGAAAAGUGGAGAAAGACGCGCAAGUCCGUCUUAUGAAGCAUGAUCAGCAAAAUAACUGGGCGCGGCAUCGGGUAGAAAACGACAAACCACCUCAUUCAGGUGCGAGGGGGCACUCUUCUGGGUAUGGUGGAUGGCAGAGAAACCCUGGCGGUGGGGGUGAUUUCUUCGAAGAACGAAGAAAACGACGAGAGGCAUCCACUGUCAACAUUUGGCCACCCUCUCCACCACCUCCCCGACGAUCGCUCUCUCCCGGUGAGCGACGCCAUAAAGACAGGCAUAGCAGUCGAAGGAGAAAGGACGACCGACGCGACAAGGAUAAGAAGCGGAAACGUAGACGAUCUCGCUCUUCGUCUCCUUCUUCUGAGACUGAUUCGAGCGAGGAAGAGAGGCGGAGAAAGGAGAGGCGAAGAGCUCGAGAUGAGGAACGGGAUCAUCGACGCUCAAGGAGCCAUGAUAAGGAAAGACGACGCUCAAAGUCCAAGACUCCCCUUGAUCGACAUCGUCAUGAACCAGAGGACGACGAAGCCCAGUGGGUGGAAAAGGAACCCGUCUCAAAGAGCAUGCCCCCGCCUCCGAUACCAAACAAGGUUGCCGCGCCAAUCGAAAUGGAUGAAGACGAUGAAGACGACGCGAUCGGGCCGAUGCCACCGCAGAAAGCCAAGGACAAGAUUGACGAGCGUGAAUACGGAGGCGCUCUUCUCCGUGGCGAGGGUUCGGCCAUGGCAGCCUUUGUGCAAGAGAAUGCACGUAUUCCGCGUCGUGGUGAGAUUGGUUUAUCCUCGAAUGAGAUUGCGGCGUACGAGAAUGUGGGCUAUGUGAUGAGUGGCAGCCGACAUCGUAGGAUGAACGCUGUCCGAAUGCGCAAGGAGAACCAGGUCAUUAGUGCCGAGGAGAAGAGGAGCAUUCUCAAGCUGCAGAAAGAGGAAAAGCAGCGCCGGGAGGAGCUCCUGAAAGCAGAGUUUAAAGAACUUGUCGAAGAGCAGCUGGGGAGCAUUGGGGCUGCCAAAAAGUAG